AUGCUCCCUCGUCGCCCCAACCCUCUUCAUCCUUUUCUUUAUAAUUUCGCACGAGUCUCCCCUCGUCCCCACGCUCUCCCCCUUGUAAACACAGCCGCUGCUGCCACCCCCGUCACUGCUCUGCGAGUAGUCCGCCAGCCGCUCGUCGCCCAGUCUUUGUAUUUCUCCACGUCCCCCGCCGCGUACGCGAAGCGAAACAAGAAAAUGCCUCCCAAGAAAAAGGUCGUCGAGGACAAGAAGGUCAUCCUCGGCCGUCCCGGCAACAACCUGAAGUGUGGUAUCGUCGGUCUCCCGAACGUCGGCAAGUCGUCCUUCUUCAACACCCUCUCCAAGACCGACCUCGGCAAGGCCGCCAACUUCCCCUACGCCACCAUCGACCCCGAGGAGGCCCGUAUCCCCGUCCCCGAUGACCGCUUCACCUGGCUUUGCGACCUGUACAAGCCCGCCUCCAAGGUCCCCGCCUUCCUGACCUGCAUCGACAUCGCCGGUCUCACCAAGGGUGCCUCGACCGGUGAGGGUCUCGGAAACGCUUUCCUGUCCCACGUCCGUGCCGUCGACGGUAUCUUCCAGGUCGUCCGUGCCUUCGACGACGCCGAGGUCAUCCACGUCGAGGGUGACGUCGACCCCAUCCGUGACAUGGAGAUUAUCUCGAACGAGCUCCGUCUCAAGGACAUUGAGUGGGUUGAGAAGGAGAUUGAGAAGCUCCAGAAGCAGGUCCGCUCGUGCGGCAACGUUUCGCUUGCCGACAAGGCCAAGAAGGAGGAGCUUGCUACCGUUGAGAAGAUCCUCAAGACCCUCAAGGAGGACAACAAGGACGUCCGCAAGGGCCAGUGGUCCAACAAGGAGGUCGAGAUCAUCAACGGUCUCACCCUCCUCACGGCCAAGCCCAUCACCUACCUCGUCAACCUUUCCGAGCGCGACUUCGUGCGACGAAAGAACAAGUGGCUUCCCAAGAUCAAGGCGUGGAUCGACGAGAACAACCCGGGAGACGCCCUGAUUCCCUUCUCGGUUGCGCUCGAGGAGCGUCUCGUCGGUCUGUCCGAGGAGGAGGCCGAGGCCGAGGGCGAGCAGCUCGGCCUGGGCAAGAAGAACCCCUCCAUCCUCGGCAAGAUCACGACGGCGGGAUACCAGGUCCUUGACCUUAUCCGUUACUUCACCUGUGGUCCCGAUGAGGUCCGCGCCUGGACCGUCCGUAAGGGCAUCAAGGCGCCGCAGGCUGCUGGUGUCAUCCACUCGGACUUCGAGAACAAGUUCGUCUGUGGUGAGAUCAUGGCCUUCGAGGACCUGAAGCAGUACGGAUCCGAGGCCGCCACCAAGGCCGCUGGAAAGCUUAGGCAGCAGGGCAAGCCCUACGAGAUUGUCGACGGUGACAUCUGUUACUGGAAGUGUGGUUAG